AUGUUGGAGUUGGGGAUUCAGCAGGUUCAAGUUUCUUGCGUGUCAUGCCUCUGGUUCGGGGCAUGUGUUUGUCAGGUCAGCAUACCAACGACAACAGUGGGAGCUCCGCCCCAAGUUUCUCAACACCAGGGUCACCUGAGAGCCAGAGAGGAAGUCGAGCUUGCGAUCUCUCAAACUGCGCAGCAGCUCGGAGGCUAUGCAGAUGUCCUGCUGCUCCACACGCCGGGCCGACCGUUGGGAGAAAAUGCCACGUUCCCCAGUUGCGCAGCGCAGGGCAGCUGGAAGGAGUGUCGGCUGCUGGCCUGGAGGCAACUGAUACGAGCACAACAAGAUGGCUUGGCCAAGGAGAUCGGCGUGUCCAACUUCGACUGCAGCCACUUGAAAGAGAUCGAGGCGGCCGGCUUGCGAAUGCCGCUGUACAACCAGAUCGAGGUGUCGGCGGCGUGCCCAAUGAACGAGGAGCUCCGCUUCUGUCAAGUGGCGCAUGGCAUCCACACUCUUGCCUACAGCCCUCUUGGAGGUGCAUAUACUCCCAAACUCCGGGAGCAGCUCCGGACUUCUGUCAGCAGCGUGGCAGCACGUCUUGGACGGUCAUCGGAGCAGGUGUUAUUGCGCUACGUGAUACAGCGUUACGACGCCGUCGUCCUUCCGGGCGCAUCGUCGGUGAAGCACAUGGCCGCGAACCUGGAUCUGUUUCGAUUCGAGCUUACGAAAGACGAUGUGGAAGCAAUUUCCGCCAGUGCGCCCCGUGAGUGUGCGUAUCCCAUGUACCAGCCCGGACAAAUACCUUGA